ACACCUUUAGCUCUGGCCGCCAGACUCGACCAACGGGACAUUAUGCACCUCUUGAUUGCAGCGGGGGCCAAAGUGGAUGUUGGUUGGAAUAAACGAUCUCCACUGUAUGAAGCAGUGGACGCUGGAUAUGUUGAGUGUUUCGCCAUCUUACUCAACUAUGGGGCCUCCGUUAAUGUGUUGGAUGCAUCCGGACGGACUUUGGUACACGUUGCGGCCAGAUGCAAUAACGUCGAGAUUGGGAAGAGAUUAGCUAACAGGGUUAUUGAUGUCAACACCAUCGACUUUGACGGUAACACAGCUCUGAUG